UUUUGAAAAAUGACACCAAGCACAAAAUGUGUCAAUAUAAAUUACACGUUAACAUAAAUUGAUAGCUAAUCAUUUCGUAAUUAAACUCGCGACCAACAUUUCCCAACUUAAAAUUCUAGUACAAUGGAGAAUCGUGAAAACCCCCAGAAUUCCAAAACUUCUACUCCAACUGAACACUUAGAUACUGCAUCAAAUUCCCACUUGGCAAGAAAAACGUCGCGAUCAGGCACAAUUUGGGGAAAAUUCUCAAAGGUCUUCGCAAAAAAGAAACCUAAGCCGAAAGCACAAAGCAAGACUAACAGUGUCAUACUGCCUCAACAAUUGACACCAAUCGCACAAUCUAAGAACGGCUACCGAGCUAGGUUUGCCGAACAGGUUUCGGCGUACGCCAAAGUGGAAAAACUGGCAAUGCUAGUCGGACUACCCGAUUGGAUAGAUGAAAACGUGACGAUUACACUCGAGCUUAAUCUUCUAAGUUGUUCAAGCCCAGGAAGAUAUCAGGAACCGAAACCGUUGGUAUGUACUUCAGAAACUGAUUCGCAGACCGUGUUCACUGGCUCCUUAAAAGUGACAAACAAAGGCAACGUUCUGAACAUCAUGAGUAUGCCACUGUAUCUCGUCGAUUCCAAAGAGGCGGUAAACUCGCAAAGAUUAGAACACGAAACCAUACUGAAGGCGUCAGACGACGUGCCCUAUGCAAAGAAAGGACCAGACAGUGGUAUUUACGAGGUGCAAGUGUCUGUGAUUUUCACUCGUCUCCAUAAUGUCGAAGUCCCCAGAAAUUUGAAUGGCGCAAGUAGUGAGUCUGACAAAUACGAAGACACCUUAGCUAUGGCGAUAAGGAAAGAAAUGGAUGAACUGAUUGACCACACUUCACACGAUCAAGCUGCCAAUGAUGGUGAAUCACAGUCUGCAGUGAACGCCGAUAUUCAAAGUGAAGAUUCUGGCAAUGACUUAAAUAACUGCCGGAUGCGUGGAAGUGGAGUAAUCCUUACAUCGACGCCAGACUGUGACCAGCUGAGCUUAUGCAAUAUGUCAACGCAAAUUAAUUCACCGUGGGAUGAUAAAAACUUCGACAAUUAUUAUGUUCCACCAUGGGGCAGUGUACCAACACAGUAUUUGCUGACGUACGAAGAUACGAAGUCCGCGGCGGCAUUUGGCCAUUGCGAUAUGUUUUCCUAUCGUAAUUGUCGCGAUGAAACCGGAGCUUCUGCGUCUCAAUGCCAAAAAUGCAUAGUCAACCAUAUGUCUACGCAGUACUCUGGCAACGAUGAAGGACCAUCAGUUCCAUGUUGCAAGAUAGUUAUCACGGCAGAGGUAUCAACGCAAUAUUCUUCUUCUUGCCUUAUGCAGGACAAAGAAGUGGAAGUACAGGACAGUUUGUGCAACAUGAGGCUGUCAGUGCCAAGUGGAAAAGAUUCCGGAAGCUGGUCAAGUUUGAGCUACGCACUGGGAGACUUAAAUCGCCAGCAAAAUAUACUUUGUCAACCAAAAGACAGUAAUCUGUCGUCAGAUAUAACGGCGUGGCCCUCGAGCUCGACAACAACAAAUAUAGGCGACAGUUCAACUUUGCCAUCAAUAGUUUCGGAUGAAUCAGUAUCACUGCAGGAUCGCCGCCACUCACAAGGUUUCUCAGUAAAGUCUUUGGAUAGCACCAUACAGCAAAGAAGUUGGUCCCCGAUGACGCGGACAUCUAAAAUAUCGAUUUCCAAAGUACCCAAAGAGUACCCUCCGUUUCCGUCGGCCACUAGCAAUUUUGAAGGUAAGCCGGAAAGUUUAUUGAAUGAAGAGUUGUGCUUAACGAGCAAGAUCGCAAACGUGAACCCUCUCGGCGAAUUCGCGAGAUGCGAGGUGGUUAGUAAUGUAGAAGUGCACAUUGCUAACGAUCCAUUUCGUGAUUCUGAACAAAAGUAUCAAAGUUAUUACGAGGACAAUGACCGUUUUUAUGAGACGCACCGAGAAAACGUUAGGAGGUAUUUUGACGAUGCGACGUCGCCCAAGCAGCAAGUAGAGGUUCAUUUAGGUGGCGACAGUAGUCGAAGUGAUUGCGAUACCAAGAUGGGGGAGUUUAAGGUAUGCCUAACUAAAAUGGGAGAUAUUUUGGCAACCAGUUCAAUUUCUAAAGACAUCGAGAAAUCAACUGAUGACCAACUACUGUCAAAAGAAAGACUCCAAACCUACGAAAAGGCUGAAAACGGUAUUCAAAAUAUCAUUAAAGAGUUACUUAAAGAAUCUGGGGACAUCAAGGAAAGUGCACUGUUGCGUGGUGCAAAGGAAGAAUGUGAUCCACCUGUUGUAUUGGACUACGUUAAAACUAAGCCUGACUAUGAGAAAUUGUGCGCUGUUAUGAUAGACGAAAUGGGAAAAUAUAGCACGACUGUUAAAGAAGAUGCGUCGGUUAUGAUUGGUGAUGUGCUAGAUGAAAUAAUUGAUAAAUCAGCAGAAAUUGCUAAUUCGCGAAUUAAAGACAGAGCAUAUUUAGAAGACGAAACUAAGGCAUCACCUUUACGCCUCACAUACUUUCCUCAUUCUACCUUCACAGAUUCGAAGGUACCUAAAACUUCAUAUUGCUUUGGAGAAGUAGCGUGUAAUACGUGCAUCACCAUAUCCUCCACGCCUUCAACCCAUUCAAAACAAAUUGCGAAUGAUUCAUCGGGCGAACAAGCUAAAAUUGAAUGUUUUCUUGCAGAAGAUGUUCAAUGCCAUGAAACACUUGCGCGUGCACCACCAGAAGAAGAAAAAUUCCAAGCUUCUGUUUCUCUAAACUCUAUGACCGCCGAGUUUGAAAACUCCAAAGAUUUGCCUACAGAUCACACAAUUAUGUGUAAAGAAACUGAUGAAGAAGUGUUCAUUCAAAAUAUAGAUCUGAUUACAAGCGAUUGGACAACACAGACCGAAUGCAAUUCGUCCUCGGAACAGGAAAUCUCUUCUACGGUUCCGGAUCAUCAACCUUCCACCUCGUCCGGUAAAGAACAACUCCCGACAAGUUGCAUCGCACUUCAACAAAAACCAGCAACGCAUAAUAUUCAACAGGCCAUAACGGGGAAAUUAUGCAGUUCUUCGGGUAGCCUAACAAACCAGAAGGUCCUCGGGGAACCUGGCAACGAAUCACCUGAUGCGGAUGACGAGAGUGACAAUAUUUCGCCCAAUCUGAAUCUGCCAAAAUCCAGAUAUAAAUCCAAACAGGAUCUAAACACCCCGCAAGAAAUUGCUGACAUCGAAAAGAAUCUUCAAGAGAACGACACGUGCGUAAGGAAAGGAGAAGUACUGUUUGAUUCGCAAAAAUUACCAGAUUAACAAUAAACUAUCUCAAUUUA